AGUGCCAAAUGUAGAGAAAGUUGAUCCUUUUGCACGAGUCAACGGGGGUGCAACUGCAAAUAUUUUUCCAGGGAAGAUAUUUAUGUCCUUUCUCCAUCUAUCACUGCAUCCCGUCUCUCUCCACCUAUACAUACAUACACACAUACGAUAUAUAUGCCACACACACUCUACGUGGGAAGCGACAAACCACCAAUUUCAGCCAUUUUCUUGAUCUGGGCUCGAACUUGACCUUGAUCAAGAAUUCUUGAUCGGCUGCCUUUCUUCUUCCAAGUUGAACAUAAGCUGUAAACAAAGCAUUUAGGAACAUAAACUUGGAAGCCCAGAUCUGUUUGCCAUUGUGUUGACUUGAUAGAGCAAUGUCUUUUAUUGGCACACAACAGAAAUGUAAGACCUGUGAGAAGACUGUUUAUCUGUCUGCUGAUAGAGUUAGUUAUCACAAGUCUUGUUUCAAAUGCUCUCAUUGCAAAGGGACUCUGAAGCUGAGCAAUUACUCGUCAAUGGAGGGCAUGCCGUGGCUUCAUUUUCAUGAAAAGCGAUUUCUAUUCAACUUUUUCAAAGAAAGCCGCAGUUUCAGCAAGAACUUUCAAUCACCUGCAAAGGUUGCUGAGAAGAAGACCCCAGAGCUGACAAGAUCACCUAGCAAAGCUGCCGGUAUGUGUUCUGGGACGCAAGACAAAUGUGCUACUUGUGGUAAAACGGCUUACCCACUCGAGAAGAUAAAGUUAGAUGACUUCAAUAGCAUCUUGUUUCGCAACAUUUAAUUCCGAGUUCUGAGCUGGCUAUUUCCUACAUUCAUGAUUUCUGCACUUACAGUAGUUAAAAGGAGAAUAACCAUUCUCAUCUAACGUUUACUUUCCAAACUCUGUUGUAAAAGCCAUGAUAUUAGAAUUUGCUGCUGAUGUUCUCGAAGAUUGCCCCUAUAGCCCAGCGUUGCAUAGAAUCCAGUUGAACAAGGAAAGUCAAGGUUAAUAAUCUGGGCUAAUAGGUGACUGUCAAAAACCAAAGCUACCACAAGUCUUGUUUCAAGUGUUCUCACGGCGGAUGCUCUCUAUCUCCAUCAAACUAUGUGACAUUAGACGGCAUUCUCUACUGCAAACCUCAUUUUUCACAGCUCUUCAAGGAAAAAGGGAGCUACAACCAUUUGAUCAAACGUGCAACAGCCAUUCCAGAUUCUUGAAAUGUGUUUAAUUCUUUGUCUGUGUAAAUGUACUGGUUUGUCUGGUUAUGAUUUCUAUUUUUUCUGUCUGAUCUCCAUGCCUUUAAGCUUAUCUCUCUUUCUCUCUUGGAAAAGAAAACCAUGUCCUCGUUUCCCAGCGGGGUGUACUACUGAUAUAGUUCAUAUGAUUUAUGGGAUGUCAAAGUUUCACAAGAUGCUAAUAAAUCAAUAUUUUUAAAUGUCAUUUGCAUUGUUCAGCCUGGUGUUUAUGUCUAGCCAAACUCCAUCCGGUUAGAAUUUAGUUCCUUGCGUCACAAGAUUUUGUUGGAAGCAAAUAUUUAUCGAGUAUUCUUCUGAUUUAAAGAAAGGGGCAAUAGCAUUUAUUAUUUCUAUUUCACAGGGAAGUGUAAAGUUGGGGAAUAAGCAGAGUGAUGAAGCUGUUCAAGAGGUUAAUUAAGUUCCGCCAACCUGUUCUGCUAUGAAACUUGGAGGGUAGGAAGAAACGAUCAAACCGACCAAACACAUAAAACCUUGAGCCACUAACUGAAGAUUGGGGCAGUGUUGUAGAAUCCCCAUCAUUUUUCACUAAUUAAUUGAUGUAAAAAUAAUGUAACAAAAAUACAAUAACAUGAACUAUAUAUCGGAUUGUUCUUGCAGAAAGAAUAUAAUGGUAAAAAUGAUUUUCUUUGGAAAUCCAAGGCUAGAAAAUUAUUUAAACUUCUCAGCUAAUCAGGUGUUUGUUUGCUGGUACAGGUUCCCACUGCUGUCUUCAGUUUCCUGGCCAGAAGUA